AUGGCUGAGAAAGCUCCACCAGGGAUCACCAAAAAGUCUUCAAGGUCCACCCUUUCUCUCCCUCCAGAACCAGUGGAGAUCAUUAGGAGCAAAGCUUGCUCACGGAGAGUUAAAAUAAAUGUUGGUGGACUCAACCAUGAAGUGCUCUGGAGGACUUUGGACAGACUUCCAAGGACACGAUUAGGAAAGCUCAGAGACUGCAAUACCCAUGAAUCUCUGCUAGAAGUAUGUGAUGACUAUAAUCUGAAUGAAAAUGAGUAUUUUUUUGAUCGACACCCAGGGGCUUUCACUUCCAUUUUGAAUUUCUACAGGACAGGGAAACUACAUAUGAUGGAAGAAAUGUGUGCUCUCUCUUUUGGCCAGGAGCUUGAUUACUGGGGGAUUGAUGAAAUAUAUUUAGAAUCUUGCUGCCAGGCAAGAUACCAUCAAAAGAAAGAGCAAAUGAAUGAGGAACUGAGGAGAGAGGCAGAAACAUUGCGAGAGAGAGAAGGGGAAGAGUUUGAUAAUACCUGCUGCCCAGAGAAAAGGAAGAAGCUUUGGGACUUGCUCGAGAAACCCAACUCAUCUGUUGCAGCAAAGAUUUUGGCCAUUGUGUCCAUUCUGUUCAUCGUCCUGUCCACUAUUGCUUUGUCUCUUAACACACUGCCAGAACUUCAAGAAAUAGAUGAAUUUGGGCAGCCAAAUGACAACCCUCAGCUAGCACAUGUUGAAGCUGUGUGUAUUGCUUGGUUUACCAUGGAGUAUCUUUUGCGUUUUCUGUCUUCACCAAAUAAGUGGAAGUUCUUCAAAGGCCCAUUAAAUGUCAUUGACUUACUGGCUAUCCUGCCGUACUAUGUCACCAUUUUCCUCACAGAGUCCAAUAAAAGUGUCCUGCAGUUCCAAAACGUCAGACGUGUGGUUCAGAUAUUUCGAAUUAUGAGGAUCCUAAGGAUUCUUAAGCUCGCCAGACAUUCAACGGGUCUUCAGUCUUUAGGCUUUACACUCAGGCGGAGUUACAAUGAAUUGGGCUUGUUGAUAUUAUUUUUAGCCAUGGGAAUAAUGAUAUUUUCAAGUCUUGUAUUCUUUGCUGAAAAGGAUGAGGAUGCUACAAAAUUUACAAGUAUUCCUGCAUCAUUCUGGUGGGCAACAAUCACUAUGACUACUGUAGGAUAUGGUGACAUUUAUCCUAAGACCUUAUUAGGUAAAAUAGUUGGAGGACUUUGCUGUAUUGCUGGAGUGCUGGUCAUAGCCCUGCCUAUACCAAUUAUUGUGAACAAUUUCUCAGAAUUUUAUAAGGAGCAGAAAAGACAGGAGAAGGCAAUUAAGAGGAGAGAAGCACUUGAGCGAGCUAAAAGAAAUGGCAGUAUUGUCUCCAUGAAUCUGAAAGAUGCCUUUGCUCGCAGUAUGGAAAUGAUAGACGUAGCAGUAGAUUCAGGAAAGCUUGGAGAACCACUCAGUCCAAAGGAGACACCUGAUAACAGCCACCUGUCCCCAAGCCGGUGGAAAUGGGCCAGAAGGACAAUGUCUGAAACAAGCUCAAACAAAUCCUAUGAAAACAAGUACCAAGAAGUUAGUCAACAAGACUCCCAUGAGCAAUUAAACAAUGCUGCAGCAUCCUCCAGCCCACAGCACCUGAGUGCUCAAAAACUGGAAAUGCUGUAUAACGAAAUUACUAAAACCCAGUCUCAGCCUAAUCUUAAUGCUGGUUACCAAGACCAGUCAGCAAAGCCACCCAGUUAUGAAGAAGAAAUAGAAAUGGAAGAAGUUGUAGGUCAGAGAGAUCCGUUGCCAACGGGGCCUGCGGACAUCGUAAUGGACAUGAGAAGCACAUCCAGUAUCGACAGUUUUGCCAGCUGUGCAACUGACUUCACGGAAACAGAGAGGUCUCCGCUCUCUCUGUUUCCUGGCUCUCACUUGCAAAUGAGAUUUCCAACUGAUGCUGUUAACCUGGAAGAAAACCAAAGACCAAGAAGUUCUCAGUUUAUACCAUUUGCAAAAGACAGAGGAUUUUCUCCAACUGAUGUCACCUUUGACUAUAAUCCAAUCAACAGAGCUGUUAUCAGUGAUGGCAGUGGGUCCCAAACUGUUUCACAUGGUCAUUUUCCUUUUGACACUGCCAUGGAAAGCCCCAAAAGCUCCCUGAAAGGUAGCAACCCAUUAAAAUCUAGAUCCCUUAAAGUUAAUUUUAAAGACAAUAGAGGUGGUGCUCCACAAACUCCACCGAGCACCGCAAGGCCACUGCCAGUGACAGCAGGAGCAGACUUCACCCAGGCCACUCCUCAGCACAUCAGCACCAUUCUCCUAGAAGAAAAUUCCCCCCAAGGUGAACGGCCUGUACUUGGUGCUGACGCACCUGCACUUUGUCAAGGACCUGCUAAAAAAUCAUCCCCUCUCUUUCCCAAACAAAAGAUUUUCACUUUCCCUUCCAAAGAGAGGAGGAGCUUCACUGAAAUAGACACUGGAGAAGAAGAAGAGUUUAUGGAGUUACAUGGUAUGAAACAUGAGAAAAAACAGGAUAUCAAGACAAAUUGCUGUGGGGAUAAACACAGUGAUGGCAACAAUUUAACAGAGGAGCCACAGGUCAGCUCUUCACCCAAAAGCAUGAGCCACAACUGUACUCAAGACAUUUACCAUGCUGUGGGUGAGGUAAAACCAGACAGUAACCAAGAAGGCCACAAAAUGGAAAACCAUUUGUUUGCUCCAGAAAUUCAUUCAAGUCCAGGAGAAACUGGUUAUUGUCCUACACGUGAAACUAGCAUGUGACUAGUUACAGAAGCAAUAAAAAUAUCUUUUCUUAAAACACAGUUAGUAAUGCCUAUGAACUAAAACAUGGAAAGCCUCAACAAAAGUGCAUAAAAUGUUAUUUUUGCAUGGCAUGAAGAGUUGUUUAGUUUAAAUACUGUUUAAUUAAAAAAAAAGACUGCUUUUGUAACAAACUGAAAAAAACAGGGAAAAAAUUACUCAAGAAUGGUGAAUACAAUAAAGAGAGCUUUAUUAGGAGCCAGUGGUCUGCAACAUCUGA